UAGGUUGGGCCCCGUGGUUCACAUGAGAUCAUUUUAAUACUCGCGCCAUUUUUGUAGUAGAUGGGGAUUUCCUGGGCGUGAUCUGUGGGGGUCUCUCAAGCAAAAAGAAAGAAUGGUGGGGUGCUGUCUCGGGUGUGUGAAAUAUAUAAUAUCAAUAGGGUGUCUCGUUUUCCCACGGGAGAAGACAAUGUGCUUGUAGUUUUAAAAAACAUAUCUGAUGGGGGUGUUUUUUAGGUAACUAUAAUCAAUAGCGGGGGCCUCAUGGCUCCCGUGUCAAUAGCGGGGGCCCAUGGUUCACAUGAGAUCAUUUUAAUACCAUUUUUAUAGUAGAUGGGGGUUUCUUUGGACUGAUCCGUGGGGGUCUUUUUUAGCUAGCUCUAAUCAAUACUAGGGGCCUCAUGGUUUGUAUAAAAAAGACAAUGUGAUUGAGGCUUUAAAAAACAUAUCUGGCACUUAAACAUUCCUCCCCUAUUGUAUAAAAUGGUAUAAAAGGCAAGUGUCGACGGUAGGUUUCCAGAUCACUCGCAAAAACCAGCGAACAACGUCAAGACAGAGAGUUUGAACACAGAGCUUGGAGACGACUACAAGACAUCGGACAUUGACAUGGGCUGUUGCAUGAGAGCUGCAUCUUCACCAAUUGAAGUGAUCGAUCUGACUUCACCGCCACCAGUGGCCCUAGUGUCACCGGUCCAAAACCCAAUGCAGGGAUUUAAUGUGGACUUUAUAACGCCUCAAAACCAGGCACAAGGAUUUGCAGAGGGCGAUCGCUCUACGAUAGACGGGGGAGUUUGGGGACAGACUUCGGGAUUCGUGGAAAACACUUUAACACCGCCGGUCCAAAACCCACUGCAUUUUAUUGUGGGGUUUACAAGUCCAAACUCAAGUCACGGGAUUGCGCCACUGACCCCCUCAACGCUGGAUGUGACAGAGGGAGAAAACGACACAGAAUUCGAGGAAAACACAGCAGAGUCCGAUGUGGGACAAGAAACGGGACAGGAGGAGACAUCUGACGCUGGAGUCUACAACCAGGAAAGAUUUCAUUAUUUUCCAGAUAGUGAAAGUGAAUAUGUUGACAUGCAAGCUCUAAAUCAGAGGGAUAUAGUCUCAGACAAUGAUGGAAUUGAAACAGUGGAUUUCAACACCUCUGUGCUAAUUGUCGAACAAGUGUUCAGAAGAUACAUGUAUGAUAUAGCAUGUUUAAAUCGCCGCAUGAUUGAGAAUAUAUAUAAUCAACUUAGACAGAACGUUAGACGCAGGCAUUCUGUCAAUUCAUAUUCAGCUAACGCUAGACGUGCCACUCGUGAACAAAGAACACUGCCACAAAGAGUCCAUCGCAGGUUGCAAUUUGAAGACUAAUUUUUGAUCGGGUGAUAAAGACAAAUGGCUGAACCAGAUCACAACAAUUCCCCUGAAAUUAGAGAGCAUCUCCUCCACUUGAUCUCUGAGAUAAACCGAGAAAGAUCCGAAGGCGGGGCUAAUCAGGGUUCUCCCCGAAACAGUCCAAUUCUACCUCAGCAUGAUUCACCUGAAAGAGGGGGAGAAGUUUUUCUUCCAUCCCCUGAUGAGCUAAUUUCCUUACUCCAAAUGUACAGAUACCCCUCCCCUGUUCCGCAUAGCAGUGCGGAAUCAGAUCACAACAAUUCGCCUGAAAUUAGAGAGCAUCUUCUCCAGUUGAUCUCAGAGAUCAACUGUCAAAGAUCUGAAGGCCGGGCUAAUCAGCCUUCUCCCCAAAAUAGCCCAAUUCAGGCUCGGCAUGAUUCACCUGAAAGAGGGGGAGAAGUUUUUCUUCCAUCCCCUGAUGAGCUAAUUUCCUUACUCCAAAUGUACAGAUACCCCUCCCCCGUUCCUUCGCCCGUAUCGCAAAGCAAUGUUGACUCAGGACCUUGGUCUCCAUCAGACAGUCAGUGUUGUGAUGCACUCAACAGUCAAAUAGAUGACCCGUGGUCUCCAUCAGACAGUCAGUGUUGUGAUGCACUCAACAGUCAAAUAGAUGACCCGUGGUCUCCAUCAGACAGUCAGUGUUGUGAUGCACUCAACAUUCUGGAAAGAGGCCAUCAGGUGGGGGGUGGGGGCGAGGGUGAACAGACAGAGAGCGUCAUCAAUCAGAGUAAUGAGGGUCAAUCCACAUCUAUGGGGAUAAACAACACAAAUAGUGCGGCUGUUAAUGUUCCAGCACCUUGCACUAGUGAUGACAUGCAUGUCACAAACCGUGAAAGAUUUAAUAAUGUUGAGAUUCGCUCUUUCCUUCGCUUUCCACCACCAUCUGCAAUUCCCAAUUUUCGUGAAUUUUAUUUGAAUGUCACAAAUGGUUUUCGCGAUAGGAUUUCAAGCAUGAUUCACAGAGCUGAUGUCCAACCAAAUGACGUUAUCCAAGUUAAUCUGCGUGCUGAUCGUUUGCAAGACGAUGUCUCAAUGAGCGUGCGUUAUGGAGAGGGGACAGUGUCACAAUUACAGGAACUUUUAGACAGAUUAGUCCAGAGUAAUAUGUCUGUUUUCACCGAUGGAUCGCUUGAGCUAAUUGUCAAUUUUGUGAAGGCUCCGCGGGGAGGGGGUAAGAGACGAAUUGAAUCAUGUCUUGCGAGCGAAAUUGUGAAGAAAAAAGCACGACAUUUAUUUGUACUCCCCAAUCCCGAUCAAACAUGUUUUGCUGUAAAUCUGGCAUUACUGACAAAUCCGAAGUUGACGAUGAUGGAAGCCAUAAAGGCAGGCUGGGACAUCCAUACCAGAGCAGGUCUGACUGCUGAUACAAUGGUCACAUUCGAUGAUGUUGUCAAAUUUGAGGAGCUGUUAGCGUGUAAAAUUGUUAUCUUUUACCAAACGUCUGACAGAGAAAAAAACAACAACCUGGUUACAUUUCAAACAGGAACACCCGAACGAGACACAAUACGCUAUCUGCUUUUACACAAUAAUCAUUUUUACGGGAUAAAUAAUAUUAAGGGAUUUCUAGGUGUGAAGUUUUUCUGUAAACAUUGUCACACAGGGUAUCAGUGUCAAUAUAAGCAUUUCUGUGAAAAAAGCUGCAACAUCUGUUGCACAGAUUGUAAACAGGGUCCAAUUCAAAAAACCUACUGUGCUGAUUGCAAUCGAUUCUGUACAAAUAGACAAUGCUACGAACGACAU